AAAAAAGUUGCAAAUGUCAAUGUAAUGAUGGGAAAUGGUAUCGGAUCACGUGACUACAUUAAAGUCACGGUAGUAAAGAUCAGUGACCACGCGUUUCAAGUUUCCAUCGUGGCUUACUGCAUUGUCAAAAAUUAGAAUAAUUUUAUUCUAAUUAAAAUAUCAGUUCAAAGUUUAUUGAACACGUUUGUUACGAUUAGAAAUAAGAAAUGUAACAUUUCUUUUCUGUGUGUUGUAUGCAUACUGAUGCAUACGCAUACAUAUAUUGUUUGUCAGUCUAAUCAAGGGUCCAGUUUCUCUCGCACUAUACAAGUAUCAUUAUAUUAAAUAUUUAUCAAUGGAAUUAUACCACACUUACGUGUAUCACUGUUUUUGCUUAUGAAGCAAAAGUAUUUUGUCUGAAUGCAUCUUAACCUAUUGAACACAACGAAAAUUGUGCGAACAUAAAAGUUGAAGAAAGGACCAUUCUUUACAAUGGAUAAUCAAUUUGAUUGAAAAAUUUAAGGUCAGAAUUUGUUUUUCAUCGUUAUCAAUGAAGGAGCAAAUUUCAUGAUGUAAUGGUUAUCUAAGACAAUUUUAUAAGAAGAAUUACUAUAAUGCAAUAAGAAUGUCAAAGUUAAUUGUUAUGCUUAUAAAUAUCAGUGAUAUAUGUUCAUCACAUUAUUCAAAAGCAAUGAGAAAAUAUGCAUAAAUACAAGUUUAUAGACAUCCUGUAUGCAAAUCUGAUUUUUUGUUGGUUUGCCCUUAGUAGAGAAACAUUUAAUGUAUUAAUAAGAUUAAGAAAGGGGCACCAAUCAUGAAGAAUCCUGCAUCUCAACAUAUAAAUGGAAAUAAUCAUCCUAUUACAUCGCAGAAUGUUUCUCCCUGUAUUGUAUCUCAUUGUGGCAAUAUGUCAAACAAUUACCAAGUACUGAAAGUAGCUGGACGCGAUUCCAAUUGUUAUGUUGCAAAUAAUAUUGUUCCAAAGAUUGGUAAACAACAGUUGGUGUCAUUGAAUGGAAAUUCUAUAUCUUGUAACAGUGUGAAUGUUAAUGAAGCUUUAGCAUGCGAUGUGGCUUCUGUGCCUGUUGUUAAAACAAAAGCAUUAUGUGUCCAUAUACGAGAAAAUAAAUGGUAUGAUGCUGGUAAUAUAGUAUCUGUAGGAGUUGCAGGAACUAGUUUGAGUCAUGCAUUGGAGAGCAUGUCUCUAGCUUACAAUCCUACUACAAAACAAAUAUAUUCUUUGGAAGAAUCUAAUGAACCACAACUUGAUUAUAAAUCACAGUAUUUGGAUUCUCCAUGUGAUUAUAAGGAAGAAUCAUUGAAUGAAAAUUUUAAAGUUGAAGAAGAUAAAUAUAACAAAUUGGAAUGUGGUAGUGCAAGUAGUAGUCCUAGAAACAGUUUACCACGAUCUUGUAGCAGUACUGUGUCUUCCCUUAGUGAAGUGUCUCCUUCUGGCAGUUUUCUGAGUUCUGAUGAUCAGCAAACUGGUGAAAAGGCUGAAAAGUCUAAGCGUUGGGGAUUGAAUACGCUCUUCUCAAAAAAUGUUUUCUUAUGGAAAAACAAAGAUUCUCAACAAUCCACACCUACAAGUAGUCCAUCAAGAAAUAUAGAUAAAGUAGGAGGAAGUUUAGCCUUAAUUCAACAGCCUAGACCAGCAAAUCUACCAGCUAAGAAUGCAACAGAGGAAGAACGUCAUCGUAAGCAAUAUAAUGCUAUUUUAGAAGCCAUAAGAAAGAGGGAAUUAAGAGAAGAGAAAGAGCGUAAACACCAAAGAGAAUUACAGCUUAAAGAAGAAGAAAGAUUAGCAGAAGACUCUAAUACUUGGAAUGUACAUAUUCUUCCUAAAUUCGAAAGUGUUAAAAAUUCCAAGAAAGUACGCGAAUUAUGGUGGCGUGGUCUUCCACCGAGUAUUCGUGGCAAAGUAUGGAAAUUAGCUAUUCCAAAUAAUUUAAAUAUAACAGCACACCUUUAUAACAUAUGUUUAGACAGAGCAAUGUCGAAUUCUAUAAGCGAACCAUUAGCUGCAAUCAAAUUAGACGUGUCUCGUACGUUUCCCAGCUUAUGUGUCUUUCAAGAAGGUGGACCACUAUCUCAUAGUCUUCAAGGUAUUUUGGCAGCCUAUGCAGUUUAUAGACCUGAUGUAGGUUACGUGCAAGGUAUGAGUUUUAUAGGUGCUGUAUUAUCAUUAAACAUGGAACCUCCAGAUGCCUUUACUUGCUUUGCUAAUUUAUUAAAUCAUCCUUGCCACAGAGCUGCUUUCACACUGGAUCAAAAGCAAAUGGAUAUUUACUACAAGGUGUAUUCUAGUGCACUUGCACAUAAAUUGCCAAAAAUUUUUUCUCAUUUUACAGUAGCUGGUCUUAGCCCAGAUUUAUAUUUGUUGGAUUGGCUAUAUACUGUAUAUGCCAAAGCGAUGCCUCUGGAUGUUGCAUGUAGAAUCUGGGAUGUUUUUCUCAGAGAUGGGGAUGAGUUCCUCUUCAGAACAGCACUUGGUGUAUUACACUUGUAUCAAGAAGAAUUAUUAAAGAUGGAUUUUGUACAUGGAGCACAGUUUCUUACUAGGUUGCCAGAAAAUUUGCAGGCAGAUGCUUUAUUCAACAGUAUUAGUCAAAUGUCUACUACUGUUGGAACAACAACGUUCCAACAAAUGUUAGCUCAAUUUUCUUCAUUGUAAUUUUACGAAUUAUAGUGAAGAAUAUGCAAAUGUAGUCAUAUUUAGAAAAAAAAAAAGAAUCUCAAAUACUAUUUUUCGUAUUGUGAUCGAUAAAAGAUAUUUUUAUGCUAAAAAUUUUAAUAUUAUUUAGAAAUGUUUGAAACAAUAAAAAUCAUGCAUGAAUUUCGCAUAUUUUAAGAAUAAAUCAUUACAUUCUUCAAAUUGAUACUGAAAGUCUUUCCUCGUGAAAAUUGAUUUAUAACAUAUUUAACGUUUAACAUACUAAAAAUGAAAAAUGUAAGAGCUUCCUGUAAAAUUGUAAGCAUAUUUUAAUCAGUUAAUUGUGCGAAAGUUGAAAAUAAUAAAAUAUUUUGAUUUUGAGGUCACACAACAUUAAAUUUACAUAUAUUUUAUUGUUUCUUUACAAAUACAGCUACACCACUUAAUCUUGAAACCCUGCCAGGGUUCAAGAUUAAGCAGUCAAGUUGUAUAUUCCAAUAUAUAUAUUAUUACACUAUAAUUAGUGUACUUUCAAGUAUCUUUCACAUGAUAGAUCUUUACUGUAAUGAACAUUUUGAGAAAUACUCAGAUAUGUGCUCAGAUUAUUAUGUCCAACUAAAAUAUAAUGUACUUUUAUUCUAUCACAAAUAAACGGAAAAUUAUAUCGUCUUGGAAAGCUUCGAUAUUAAUAAUAAAUACAUUAAUAAAUAUAAUACCAAUAUAAAAUUAUGUGCCACAAUAUACACAUUAUAUCUGUAUCAGAGUGCAGCAAAUUUCGAAACUCAAAUAUAGCUGAUGAAAAACAAAUAAUUUAAAUAUAUUAUUUAAUACAUAAUAUUAUCAAUGCACUUUCUAAGCUUUAAUAGUACUGAAUAUGAAACAAACAAAAAAAUAUCUGUCAUAUAUGAAAUAAAGGAUUUAACUCUACUAUACUUUGAUAAUAAAAAAGUAAAUUAAACGAACAACAUCUAAGGAACAAAGCUAAUUUUGAAUAAUACAAGCUACAUUGUAAAUGAAAAAAUAUCUCGAAAUAUAUACAAAUAAUAUAAAAUUAUACCAAGACCUUAUCUACCUAUAAAUAACUGCUUGAAAGCUAAUUAAAAUAUAGUUGUUUUGUGCAUUAAUGCGAACAAGCAAAAUUUUUCUUGGCACAUAAUAUUAUGUUGUAUCUUAUUUACGAUAAAUAUGAUUUAGAAAUAUUAGGUUGUAAAUAUGAAAAAGAAAAAUAAAUCCAAUGUCCUGUACUUUAAGUGACCUUUGCAACAAAGAAAAGAAAAUAUAUUCAAAUUUAAGAACAACUUACUAUUGAGAAUAAUUUAGCUAUUGUAAGCUUAUUGUAUGUGCUUGUUGAGUGGCAUUUCGUUUAUUAAGAAUCAGUGUUCAUGUUUAAUAAUUUUAUACUUGCAUUAUUUGAAAUAUUAAAAUAGCAUGCAAAGUACAAUAUAUAUACAUAUACAUAUAUAUAAAAAGAUGUGUAUAUGUAUAGUGUUAAAUGAAUAAUUAAAUUGUAAUGAAUAGCUAUUUCUAAAUACAAGCACAUCGCAAUAACUUUGCUUAUAGCAUGGCUUAAUGUUACAUACACACACACUAAUUAUCUAAAAAAAAAAAUGUUUAAUUACAUCUAAAUAGACGUGUUGUAAAGUAUAAUAGGAGCUGAUUUCAUAAUAUGAAAUGAAAUGUUAUAAGAAUGCAUAAUUCUAUUAAGUUACUCCUCUUUGCUUUUAACAGAGCGAUUGCAGCGAAUAGUUACACGGGAUUAUUAUAUGUUUAAUUAUAACAAAGUAUAUGUGUUUAAAACACUGUAAACGUGCAAAUAUUAUAGUUGGUAAUUUGUGUAUACCGUGAAUGUAAAGUAUAUAUCAUUCGAACACUUUACUUUUUAAAGAAUAGUGGAAUCAUUAAACUCGGAAUCUCACGAGGAUCCGUGAUAUCCUAAUUUUUAAUUGACAAUACUCUCAUUCCAUCCACUAUUCGAAUUAAUUAACUACUCGACUAUUUAGCGAUUGUUAAUACCUACAAUACUGAAUGUAAAUACGAGCACGUACUCGCAAAUGAGAAAUUUAAACAAAAAAAAAAAAAGAAAAAGAAAAAAAGGAACGAUAUAUAUGUAUAUUUAAAUGAUUCAAAUCACAUUGCAAUGAUCUGCUUUUCGUGUGUACGUAUAAGAUCAAGUGGGCACAGGUGCGGCACGUAAUAAUGAAUUUUUAUAUCAAUAAAGUGUGCUGCUAAAAUGAACUUUUUUACAUUUUAAUCGGUCACCGUAGAGAAAAUGAUUAUUUCAAAAUUCUAUAAAAAAAAGUCGUACGUAGACGUGUAAUUUCUAUUUCUACGCUCAUUCGAUGACAACGUGCCAACCGUUUAAUGGUUGUACCAAUUAAAGGCAGAAGUAUCUCCGCGUACAUUUUACAGUACGACGCGACCUUUUUUUCUUUUAAUUAACGUAAUAGUUUUAAGCGAGUAUUAGAUUGUAUUUCGUUAGCAAUCCCAAACUGAUUUAGUAUAGUUUCUGCCUGUAACUAUAAUUGUAGGGAUAAUUAAUUGAAUCCGCACAAACACAAAUCGUACGUAUGCGUAUCGUGUGUGUAAAUGUGUUUGGAAAUUUUGCGAGAUAUAUUUAGAUACGUGUAGGCGUAUCUGCAAUCUGUAUAUACGAGAUUUUGAUUUUAAAAAAUCACGUUUUUAAUAUUUUACAUUCUGAAUAAUUAAUUUAUCGCUGUUGAGAGUCGGCUAAAAAUCGAGGUAGCACAUUUUCUUUUUAUUCUUGUUAAAAUUAAUCAUCAAAUAAAUAUUUACGAUAAGUUGAUUUAUCGCAAAACGAUUUUACUAUUUAUUGUAUAAUUUCAUCUGCAUCAGAUGUUCCCGGUUAUACCUACACGUAUCUUAGGGGAUUAAUUCUCGAGUGGAAAAUUAAGACUAAAAUGUUUGUCAGGUACCGAAUGACAAACGAAUCUUCUAACAAGUGCAAAAUUGAAUAUAUGAUAAUGUAUGAACAUUGCAUGAUCUAUGUAACACUUCUGUGUUCCUUGUCGUUAGUGCCUCUCGAUAGAGGAACUCAUGGUAUAUUUUUUACGCGUUUUAUCAUGUACAUUUACAUUAAGUGUAAUAUUCUGAUACAUAUAUUUUGUAAGGAAUCGAGCCCAGUAUUUAUUUUGUGAAAUCGUGCAGAUCGGUGAAAGAUAUAAAACCUUAUGAGGUAUCUGGUGCUUAAAAAGACGGGGGAGGGUUGUCACGAAAUUUUUACACGUAAGACUAUGAUAAUAAAUUUUGCGAAACAUUUGCGGGAAUUUUGAGCUGCUGUCGGCAACGAGAAAGUGUUAAACGCGUAUUUAAAAAAAAAAAAAGGAGACGAAACAAUUUUCGCGAUCAAUUUUACUUGAAAUUUUCAUACUCAUAUCUCUACUCGAACAUACUUAUAGUAAUAAAUAAUAUGAAGAAUAUUUUGUAUAUAAGAAUGUGCUCGCUUCGAAGUUUAAAGGGUCGAAUGUAAAACCUCAACUCUAUUUAUCGCGAUGAUGUAACAACAAUUUUUAUAUCAUGUAAUGGGACGACAAUGAAAUUAUGUAAACGUGCGUGUAUGUUAUACUUUAAACGAUGCCAGCGACAUAUCUUAAUGGAUCAUUUUUGUUCGCAUACGAAUAAAACUACAUCUCAGAAUA